AUGGCUUCUGAACAGCUGAAUGUCAUUGCUCUAAUCUCGGGAGGCAAAGACAGCUUCUUCAAUUUGAUCCACUGUAUAGAGCACGGUCAUCGGAUCGUAGCUCUUGCAAAUCUUUUCCCAGGAUCAGACGCUCUAGCAUCGGACUCAACAGGUCCAGGUGCCAACGUUAUCCCAGACGGACAGUCACCGUUCCGGCAGGAAGACGCCACCGGAGCCAAGCAAGAGACCGGUGGCCAGACUCGUAGCGAGGUUCUGUGCCCCGAAGGCUUCCAGCAUAUAGAUCCGGAGACGUGGAUACCCCCGUCUUCCGCAAGAGACGGACAUGACAGCUCUCAAACUGGCCAGGGCUCGGGUGAGCCUUCCGACACGGAUCUCAAUAGUUUCAUGUACCAAACUGUCGGGCACGAGGUUCUCCCCCUGUACGCCGCUGCAACUGGUCUACCACUAUAUCGUCUGCCCAUCACUGGACGUGCGGUUCGCCACGAGAGGGACUACGAUGCCACGGCCGACGCUCAGGACAAGGACAAGGGCAACAGCGGCGACGAAACAGAGUCCAUGCUGCCCUUGUUACAGGCUAUCAUUGCCCGCCAUCCAGAGGCCAAUGCUGUCUGUGCAGGUGCCAUUCUGUCAACCUACCAACGUACCCGUGUUGAGUCAAUAGCACUGCGCCUAGGUCUCGUGCCCCUGGCCUACCUAUGGCAGUAUCCGAUCUUGCCACCCCCAUCCGGAGCCAUUUCCGACGAUACGCAACUGCUAAUCGAUAUGGCCAAUGCUGGUCUAGAAGCACGGAUCAUAAAAGUUGCCAGUGCUGGUCUAGACGAGGAUCAUCUGUGGGAACGCGUGUCAAGCGAGACUGGCUCAAGUCGUGUCAAGAGCGCGUUGCGCAAGUUUGGUUCGACCCAAGGUGCCGCAGCGUUGGGAGAGGGCGGCGAGUUUGAGACGCUCGUUGUGGAUGGCCCUUCCUCUGUGUUCAAGAAAAGGAUUACCAUACCAGAGCAGGGGCGCAAGAUCGUGCGUGAAGGAGGGGGUUGUUCAUGGCUGCUGUUGGCUGGUGCACAGGUCGAAAAUAAACAAGAUCCUGCGGUCGAAUCAAGAGUUCGGGUGCCCGAUCUUCUCGAUGCGCGAUUCAAGGCUGUGUUUGAUGAACUACCGGUAUCCCUGGACCAGCUGAAGCAUAUGGACCUUUCUACAAAUGCAAUGAAGCCGACGCCACUACCUCAAAAUACAGGGUUCUCAGUCGAGGAUGUCGAUACUCAGCGUUGGUCUGUUCUUCCUGAUGUCGGCACAAGUGAAAGGCCAAUCCAAGACGAGACUCUCCAAGUGGUAGAGAAGAUCAGGGCGCUAGUGUCGGAGGCUGGUGUUCAGCUCUCCCAAAUCACAAGCACUAUCAUUAUUCUAAGACGCAUGUCGGACUUCCCCAAGGUCAAUGGUGAGUAUGGUAAGCUGUUCCCUAAGCCAAACCCGCCCUCUCGGGUGACUAUCUCCUGCGGUGACAUGCUGCCGGAAGGCGUGAAAAUUGCUGUAUAUCUAUGUGCACCUGUUUCUGAAGCGGCACAGGGCCGCAAUGGUCUGCACGUCCAGUCAAGAUCUUACUGGGCACCUGCGAACAUCGGCCCAUAUAGCCAAGCUAUUGAUGUGCCAGUGACAGCUCGUAAACAAGAUACAGGCCUCAGAUCUAUCUCUAUCGCAGGACAGAUACCCCUGAUCCCAGCAACAAUGUUAUUACCUGGUCCGUCUGAAAAGUCGGACGAGCUCCAGAUUGUGCUAUCACUGCAACACCUUUGGCGGGUAGGCCAAGAGAUGAAGGUCCAAUGGUGGACAAGUGCUGUUGCGUAUUUCCCCCGCGUCAGCGCUUCAACUGAAAUUCAGCGCUGUGCCCAACUUGCAGGAUAUGCUUGGAAGCAAGCACACGGGUCUCCGGAUGAUGAGGAAGAGACUGAUGAAGGUCCUGAUCUUUGGGAUCUGAAGUUCAACCCUGCUUAUAUGUCACUCAGUAAUGAUGAUAAGGCAGCCCGGAAGGUCACUCCUGACUGGGACGCCCUCACCCUUCGUCAGCAGAACGAACCUGAUACAUGUAUCCCCCCUAUGUUUGCUGCCGAAGUUGAGGAGCUACCGCGACAGGCUGCGGUUGAAUGGCAUGCCCACAACGGCCUUUCUAAAUUGGAAGAAAGCAGCCUUGUGAUGACUUCUCAGUCCGAAACCGACGUGCCCGGGUGGAGAACGUGGCAUUCUGUUGUUACGACCGAGGUUGCAAUUGCUGUCUACAGCACAGCAGCAUAUACUUGCACCGACAAGAACCAGUCUUUAUCUCUGAGCGACUUGAAAACGGACAUGCGGGAAGCUGUUCACACGUCCUUCCGUCAGUUGCAUCCUGGUGGACCUGAUUCUAUACACAGCAAGUUAUCUUUGAUGUACGCAGACACUGCUCAAGUCAAGUCUAUAUGGGAUAAUAUCGGAGAAAAUGUUGGAUCGUCUCUCAUUCCUUGCCGGUCAAUCUGGUCAUCUGAGGGACAGCAUGUCACGGUUCUGGGCUUGUUUGAAACGACCUUGAUGCGAGAAACAUGA